AUGGAGGGACUAUCGGAAACAAGUGUUCUCUCCACAUUUGAUGAGUUGGUACAGGAAGGAAUCAUCACCUAUGGACCCCAUGAGAGAGUCGAGAAGGAGUACGAGGGGUUCCCUAUGGAAUUCCGCAUCUGCCCCUCCCUCACCAAAAAGCCACAGAUGACCACAUCAGCCCUCACCACGCCGGUUUCGUACCCCAGAUGGGGUCCAGGCAGCGACCUGUAUCUCCCCACUUCGCGUCUCAUUCUGGGCAAACUCAACGGGGGGACGCACGACCUCGCGCUCAACAUGUUCUGCGUCGAUCGUCCGCAAUUCAUGCUGUUGACGACGGAUUCGUACCGUCGGCAGACGGAGCCGCUCGACGCAGACGACUUUGCUGCUGCAUUGGAGGCGAUGAGGCAGCCUGAGUGGGGGCCGCAAAUGUACGUGAUUUAUAAUUGCACUGAAAGGGGAGGUUGUAGUCGGCUGCAUAAGCACCUGCAAGCGUUGAAAGGCCCGCCGAGGGCAUUUGGGUUGUUUGUGGAGUCGGUCGACGAAGGGGAUAGCCGCCGGAAAGUGCCGUUCCAGUAUCUCAUGCAUCGAUUUGAACGCGGCCUGAGAGAAGUCGAGGUGCCAGAGCUCCUGGGGGUCUAUGAAGGAUAUGUCGAGGAGUCCAGGCACGUGUUGGGGUUGUCGGGCAGCCAGCAGCCAUGUCCUCACAAUGUCGUGUUGUGGAGGGAUUCUCUGGUCGUGAUACCAAGGAGAAGCGAUGCUCUUGGAGGCGUUAGCACGAAUACGGUGGGGAUGAUGGGGUCGGUCUGGGUGCACCAGAGGGAGAUGGCCGAUGAGUGGAUCAGGUUGGGACCUCGGAAGGUGUUGGAGGCGUUUGGUGUUCCGUGGUAG